AUGUUUUCCAACACCACGAUACCAGACGAACUCACCUCAACGGUCUGUAAUGCGAUUCAGUCCUUGACGCAGUCGAGGAAAGCAAACUUCCUGUUGGACACUGCUCUGGCAUUGAUUGACGCUGGGAAGUAUGGAUCUGAAGUCGAAAAUUACUUUGAUGUCUACCUGAAGACACCCAAUCUUCCACCGGGCGAGGUUGUGAGGGCGCUGUUGGCACGCGCAUCAGCCAGGAGGGCUGCUGGGGAGAGGUUACUGGCUCAGGCUAACCAAGACUUUCAUACAGUUCUGAAAUACGACCCCAAUAACCACAUAGCGAAACAGCAUUUCCAGAAGAAGAGCCUGCAAAUCCACUUUAAAAACGAACCAGCUUAUCAACGGGCACCACUAGAAGUCUGGGAACGGAUAGCGUCGUUUAUCCCGCGAUACCACCUCCGCACAUGGCUCUUCAUUUCGUCGUUCUACCGCGAUAUCGCCUCUCGCCACAUUUUCCAUACCCUAGAUCUUUAUUUUGGAUCGGACGACCAGGAGAACCUCAACCGCGGCCUCGACAUCUUCGAUAGGGCAAAGAACGACCCCAUCUUUGCAAACAGGGUGAAAUGCUUGCGGCUGCAUUGGGCGUACGAAGAGGGCGACAUGCUCGAUUUGAUGAUAAGGAUAUUCAAGACUGCUUUACCCGAAUUCAGGUCUCUCAAAGAUUUUGAAUGGAUCGGAUAUCCAGAGCUGAGAGCAGAGGUGGUGAAAGCUGUUUUGGCCAGCCAUCCCAAUUUGCAGCAUCUGGGAUUAGUUGGCUGGCAUUUCGACGCAGUCGGCGUCUCAGCGUUCAAGAACCUUCGCAAAUUCACGCUGCGGGCAGAGGACGACGACGGGUUCGCCGACAUGGGCGAAGUGCGUACCGUGCUCGACCAGAACGUGUCGACGCUCAAACACCUCAUCCUCGGCGCCUACCUCGAGCGGCAGCACAGCUGGGACUCGGUCUUCCAAUCCACCACCAUCAAAAACCUCACCCACCUCGACCUCGUCGAUACGCGCAUCUCCCACGUUGUCCUCGCCCGUAUUGCGCAUGCAAAUAACCUGCAGAGUCUCACCCUGCAUGGGACGUUCGAGGAGCCAGCGUCGGCUACGGUGAUUUUCAAAUCUGACCAGGUUAUCGAUGGGGAGCAUACGUUUUUGCCGCACCUCGAGUCGUUCAGGUUUGUGCUGGUAGGGCAGGACGACCACCCUGGGCUCUACGAAUCGGUGACUGCCUUCCUCAAAGGGCGGAAGAGGCUGAGGAAGAUGGAUUUGGGUGGGUGUCCGUGGGAGAUGGUGAGGGGGAUUUUGCCCGGAUUGACGGGCCUGCGGGUGGUUGGUGUGAGGAUAGGCAGCUUGACGGAGGAGGUGGUGAGAGCGUUUGUGGAGUGCUUGCCGAGGAAUGUUGGCGCGCUUAGUCUGGCAACGGCGGUCUCACAGCAGCCUAUGCACGAAUACGCACACCACUUCAAGAAAUUCACCUCGCUCUCGUUCUUGCACCUCCAGUCUGCGAACAAGCGGAGACCCAAGCCUAAUAUGAUGUCGGAGAAGGAUUUCCAGGUUCAGUCGGAUUUGUGGUUGAGGAAUGCGAGGAGUAUAGCUGAGCAGGUGCCCAGUUUGGACUUUUUGGGGUGGCAUGGGGAGCACUUUGUGAUCGUGAGGACUGAGGCGUCGUCGGGUUCGACGAAUGCGGUCGCUGGAGGGUCACGGUCGCCGACUCCGGCAUCAUCGCCCUCGAAAGUGGAGGUGAAGGACCUUCCGACGAGGCGGAGACUGGAUUGUGGGACUGGUGUGGAUCUUGGAGGGGAGGAUGCGGCGUGGUUGGAGAGGAAGGAUGUGCCGAUGGACUAUGAGAUGCCGGGGUUGGAGUGA